AUGUCUGAAGGUGCAUCGGCGCAGACGCAGACGCAGACUCAAACUAAUUCGUCGGCCAGAGGAGGUUCUCAGCCUGGCCGGAGAGGCAGGUCAGGAAGAGGGAGAGGCGAAAGAGGCAAUGCUCGUGGUGGUCGGCGGGGUGGCGGUAGGAACUCUGCCCCCCAGCCUCAGAACCAAGAUCAGCCAGCAUCAGCCCUCGAAACCGCGCCGGUAAACCCGUCGGAGACCCCAUCAUUCAGCUCAGGGAGAAGGGGCAGAGGCCGUGGCGGCGGCGGCGGCGGUGGUAGUCGAGGCGGCCGACUUGGCGGUGCCGUGCGUGGUGGGGCUGUUCCCGGAACCCAGAGGACGUUCGGCGGUAGUUUGACAGCAAACACCAAUGCGGACGGAUCAGAGGGGCCUGGAAUGAGUGCGGAUGCUCCAGACUUCGUCCCUGGGCAGCCCGUCGUCCAAAGAGGCAGGCAAGCCCCGAAGCAGAAGAAGCCUCAAUAUCCGCUGGCGCCAAAGUCUGCGGCUGCAGACUUGCCAACGCGGAUUCAUGAGGACAUCAGUAACGGACAGUAUGAGUGCGUCAUCUGUUCGAGUGAAGUGCUACGGCCAUCUCGAGUGUGGUCCUGCGGGCUAUGUUGGACAGUUUUGCACUUGACGUGUGUCAAGAAGUGGUUCAAUAGUCAGCUGAAGAAGGAUGACGACACACGGUCUUGGCGCUGCCCGGGUUGCAACUCCAGUUUGACCGAGGAGCCAUCGUCUUACCAUUGCUGGUGCGGCAAGGAUAUCAGCCCUCGAAACGUCCCUGGCUUGCCUCCUCACUCUUGCGGACAGACAUGCUCGAAGCCCAGAGCGACAUGCCCUCACCCAUGCUCCCUUGAAUGCCACGCUGGCCCAUGUCCGCCAUGCACAUUGAUGGGACCGACGCAGUCCUGCUUCUGCGGCAAGCAUGAGGUGACGAAGCGAUGCAGCGAGACCGAUUAUGGCAAUGGGUGGAGCUGCAAGGAGAUCUGCGAAGACCUGCUGCCAUGCGGCGAGCACUUUUGCUCUGCCCCAUGCCAUCCUGGCCUGUGCGGCAACUGCGAACUUCCCGUGCAGGCAAGAUGCUACUGCGGAAAGGAACAUAAGGAAAUCUCAUGCGACCGCCGCGGCGACCUCCAGAUGUCAUUCAACUAUGGGCAGGUGUCCAGCUCUGACGCCGAAGACGUCUCCGAGGGCAGCUGGUUCGACGGAUCUUUCGACUGCGGCGCGACCUGUGAAAGGGAGUACGAUUGCGGUCUCCACAAGUGCGAGAAGGCUUGCCAUCCCCAGGACGAGAUACCAGCUCAUUGUCCAUCGGCCCCGGAUGUGGUUUUGAACUGUCCUUGCGGUAAGACGCCUCUGGAUGAGCUUCUCGAUCGGCCGAGGCAAUCCUGUGAGGACAAGAUUCCUCACUGCAAGAAGACGUGCGACAAGACCUUGUUGUGCGGCCACAAAUGCAUCGACACAUGCCACACCGGCCCCUGCAGCCCCUGCUUCCAGAAGGCGGAUAUCUCCUGCCGAUGUGGCCGAACCGUGAGCUCUUCCCUGUGUCACCAGGGCGAGAUCGCCACGCCCAUGUGCAUGAGAGUCUGCCAGGCCCAGCUCAACUGCGGCCGCCACAAGUGCGGCGAGCGCUGCUGCUCCGGGGAGAAGAAGGCCAUCGAGAGACAAGCCGCGCGGAAGAAGCACAGACAGCAACAGGCUUCUGACGAGGUCGAAGCCGAACAUAUCUGCCUCCGCGUCUGCGGAAGGACGUUGAAGUGCGGGACCCAUCAGUGCUCUCAGAUCUGCCACUCUGGGCCAUGCCCGAGCUGUCUUGAGGCUGUCUUCGAAGAGAUCAGCUGCGCGUGCGGCAGAACCGUCCUGCAACCCCCCCAGCCUUGCGGCACCCGACCCCCUGAGUGCCGCUUCGACUGCAGGAGAGCACCGCCUUGCGGCCACCCCACGGUGAAGCACAACUGCCACCCCGACGACGUUCCCUGCCCCAAGUGUCCUUUCCUCGUGGAGAAGGCCUGCAUUUGCGGCAAGCAGAGGAUGAAGAAUAGACCGUGCUGGUUGGAGGAGGUCCGUUGUGGUCUCCCUUGCGGCAAGAAGCUCAAGUGCGGCACCCACACCUGCAGGAAGGAGUGCCAUCGCCCAGGCGAAUGCGAGGAUGUCGAUAUCCCUGGUUCUCACUGCGCCCAGCCCUGCGGCAAGACGCGCAAAUCCUGUGACCACUCGUGCCAGGACGCCUGCCAUGCCCCCUAUCCAUGCAAGGAGGAUCGGCCUUGCCAGGGCAAGACUUUUAUUACCUGCGACUGCCAGCACCGCAAGAAGGAGGUGAAGUGCCUCGCGACCAAGACCAACCCGACUCCGGAACGCGACGUUCUCAAGUGCGACGACGAGUGCCUCCGCCUCCAGCGCAACCAGCGCCUCGCCGUCGCGCUCAACGUCGAUCCGGACCACACGGACGACCACAUCCCCUACUCGGACACGACCCUCAAGCUCUUCCGCGAGCUCUCCUCCACCUGGGCGCAGAACCAGGAGCGCGAGUUCCGCGUCUUCGCCUCGGAGCCCUCGGAGAAGCGCCUUCGCUUCAAGCCCAUGCCGUCCUUCCAGCGCGCCUUCCUGCACGCCCUCGCCGAGGACUUUGGCUUCGACUCGGAGAGCCAGGACCCGGAGCCGCACCGUCACGUCUCCAUAUUCAAGACGCCGCGCUUCGUCUCGGCACCCAAGAAGACGUUGGCGCAGUGCGUCAAGAUCCGCAGCGACGCCGCCAAAUCAGCCGCCUCGGCCGCAGCAGCGUCUUCGUCGGCUGCCACCGCCUCUGCGCUGGAACCCUUCAACGCCCUCCUGCUCGCAGCGCCGCGCUUCGGCCUGACGAUCGACGAGGUCGAGUCCGCCCUCGCCAGCCACCUGAAAGCCCACAAUACCCUCUCUUUCAAGACCUCCUUCCUCCCCUCGGAGGAGAUCCUCAUCCGCGCCGUCCCUGUUACGUCGUGGGGUACGACGCCUUCGGCCGUCGAGGCUAGCCUCGCGUCACUGAAGCCCCUCGUCGCACGAACCGCGACCAAGGAAGGCAUUGCCGCCGGCGUGACCAUGGUCCACGCCGAUGCGAGCCUCAACGUUCUCCGCCGCGAGUCCUCGGGCGACGGCGGCAGCGGUGGGUGGAACGCCGUCGUCGGCCGCGCCGCGGCGCCGCGUAGGAACCUUGCGCCCAAGCCUGCCGUGGACGCGCGCCCCGCCAGCGGCUUCGUCAGCUUCUCGAGGCUGGCGAGGAAGAAGGUUGUCGAGGACUCUGUCGCGGACGACUGGGAAGCCGCCGCCGACAGCGACGAGUGA